CCCUGCUCUGCGCUCCCCCGCUCCCCCCUCCGGGCCCGGGCGGCGGCGCGGGCGCGCUGAGUGUGCCCUCUGGUCCUCCUGCAGGACGUCCGCGGGCGAGCAGGUGACGGCGCGGCGUCGGGCAUGGCAGCCGCCUGGCGGCGCGCUCUGCUGCUCCUGCUGGCCUGGCAGCUCGCGUGCUCGGGGAGCCCCCCGGACGAGGACGAGGUUCCCGAGGAGUGGCUGCUCCUGCACGUGGUGCAGGGCCACAUAGGCGCCGGCAACUACAGCUACCUGCGCCUGAACCACGAGGGCAAGAUCGUCCUGCAGAUGCGGAGCGUGCGGGGGGACGCGGACCUGUACGUGUCCGACAGCACGCUGCACCCCAGCUUCGACGACUACGACCUGCAGUCGGUGACGUGCGGCCCGGACGCCGUGGCCAUCCCCGCGCACUUCCGGCGGCCCGUGGGCAUCGGGGUGUACGGGCACCCGUCCCACCACGAGAGCGAGUUCGAGAUGAAGGUGUACUACGACCGCGCGGUGGAGCGGUCCCCGUUCGGGGAGGCGGCCUACGCGGGCGGGACGGGCCCGGGCCCGCGGCCGGCGUCCGCGCCCGAGGACGCGCCCCCGGAGGAGGAGUCCGUGCUCUGGACCGUCUUAAUUGGCGUCCUGAAACUGGUCCUGGAGAUUCUCUUCUGAUCCCUCCAACGUGCCCCGAGCGAGCCCCGACAGCGCGAGCCGGUGGCGCGCUUGCCGCCCGGAGGUCUCCUUCCAAACCUAAAGCCAUGCGAUUUCGUUACCUCACUUACCCCGAAAGCAGGGAAAGCGGCAAGAAGCACGUUGCUCUUUUUCAGUCCUCAAAGUUCCUGCAAGAGGAAUACGCACAAUAAAAUGUUCCAACUCCUGUGAUGGGUCUGUCAGGGGCAUAGGAAGUUUAGACAAAACGCAGCACCCUCCCCGCGGCCGCGCCGCCCAGCCGGAAUGGCUGGUGGCUGCGCCUUCACUCCGACUCGAGGUGAGGUCACAACGUGCACACCUGAGCAGGUCGGAAAGGUAUCCAGUUCUUCCUGGUGGCUCGCCCAGGGCCUAAAGUGCGGUGCCUGCCUCCCUGCCAGCGAACGUUAUUUGCAUCCAUCACCUGAGACAGUACUUUUGUUAUGCCACCCGGGACUGGCCAGAAACGAGCAAUUAGGAAAACUUCUUGCAAACAGUAACUUUCAGGCCAAGGAGAAAUAGUUAAGCACUUCAAUUAAGUUGCCUGUAUUUCCACUAAAUUUAUGGAAAGCCAAAGCACCAAGAGACGUUAAAAAAUAAAAAGAACAGAAAAUGAACUAUUUCUCUGCCUGAAAUUGGCUUUAAGGGGAAUAGUUGCUUGUAACAAAUAAAUCGAUUUACAGAUUUUAAGCACAUGGUUAAUUUCAGAAAUCUUUUAUUGGCAUAAAAUGGAAAAUGUAAAUAAAUUGGCACCAAGUAUUUCAUUUAAAUCCAUAUUACAAUAUUGGGAUUAAAAACUAUUUUAUCCCUCUUUGCUGUUUUUCCCCCUUCUGCCCACCUUCCUGGGUGUUGGGGGGGCGCGCUGACAACAGUCACAAAUCCAGCGACCUAGGAGAAAAAUUGUUAGUUAAUAUAGUAUGAAAUUUAAUUUUUUUAGGGCUGAAUUUUAAACCUAUUUGGCUCUCCUUCCUUAGCUAUCACUAGUGGUAUUUUUUGGUGAAUGUGUGAUGUGAAGGGCACCAGGAAGUUCCUUAAUUUAAGGAGAAAAAUGUAAAUUUUCUUUAGGACAAUCUGUAAUCAAUGCCAUGUUAAAAUUCAGUGCAAGCUGGUGGGGGAGGACAGGACAUCAGUACCAUAUAAUCUGGACCCUUUAAAAAUUACCACAACCCUUUCUGAAACCCAGACAGGGUCAUACUUUAAAAGUUCAAAAGUAUACAUCGUCUGUAAACCCUGUCACUGACCCGGGCGUAUCUCCAGCCUUUUACUCGGCUGUUCAGUGGCAGCUGCAGGUCUCAACUGCUCUCAAGUCCUGGUGCCCCCGACACAGCACUUUACGCUUCCCAAGCAUCGGACCCCGCAGCUAUGCACCGCGCUAGGUACUCCAUCGGAGUGACUGCUGAACUUCCCGUCACCUGCUGCUUAAUGACCCGGGAAUCCGUUCUGGGCGUGGGUUUUAUCAAGUAUUAUACAGUUUACUAUGCAAGUUAAAAGUCCUAAAUUUACACAAUUAUGUGUAAUAUUUUCGUCCAAUUACUGUGAUUUAUUCUUCGAUUCUGUGUUCCAAAGUUACCUGGAAUUGUUAUGCUGCCUCAUUUUAUAGAAAUCUGGUUUACUAUUUAUAAAGGCAUAGUCAUUUUUGUUAAGUUUCUGAAUAGAGGAUAUAAAAAUAAAAUCAAGGCUUUGAAACGAA